AUGGAGAUAGAAUCAGCCAAGGAACUCGGCGAGACGCAGCGGAGCUGGAUUCUCCGACCUCCGGAGCAGAAGAAGAAGAAGAAGGUGAACGUCAACCUCUAUGUCAUACUUGGAUUCUUAAUCAGCGCGUUUAUAGUCGGAACUAUAUCGACGACUGUGAAAUCGACGCCUCGCCACGAACGGAAAAGAGAGGAGCCAGAUCAAUACGCCCUCGCUCUGAAGACGGCAUUGUCCUUCUUCGAGGCACAAAAGUCUGGGAUAUUACCUAAGCAAAAUGUUCAUAAUGUCUCCUGGAGAGGAGACUCUUGCACGCGCGAUGGGAAAGGCGAUCCCGGAGAGUUUUACAAAGAUUUGGUCGGUGGCUAUUACGACGCAGGAGACGCUAUAAAAUUCAGCUUCCCGACGUCGUAUGCUAUGACGCUCUUGAGCUGGAGUGUGAUUGAAUACAGUGCCAAGUACGAAGCUGCAGGAGAGCUGGAGCAUGUCGGAUCUGGUGAUACUAGGAAAGGAAGUUUAGUUGAUAAUGAACACUACUGCUGGAUCCGUCCUGAGGACAUUGACUACAAAAGGACCGUAGCUUCAUGUUACGGUUCCUGCCCUUAUCUCGCUGCCGAGAUGUCCGCGGCUCUGGCGUCUGCUUCCAUUGUGUUCAAGGAAGACACGGAGUAUUCGAAAAAGCUCGUCGACGGAGCUAAGAGGCUUUACGCCUUUGCAGACUCAACGAAGCUUAGUCAACAACAUAGAGAGGCCAGCGAGUUUUACCAAUCAACUCUCUCGUGGGAUGAACUUUUGUGGAGUGGCACUUGGUUGUACUAUGCAACUGGCAGUGUGUCGUAUCUUGAUCAGGUUACCACGGAAGUUUUGGCCACUCGUGCCGGUGCCUUUGAGACUGGCGCUUACUAUGGUGUUUUCAGCUGGGACAAUAAGCUUCCAGGGGCUCAGUUGCUAUUGACCCGACUUAGGCUGUUCCUCGGGCCUCCGUAUCCGUAUGAGGAGAUGUUGAGCACCUUCCACAAACAAAUAGGUGUAGUUAUGUGCUCAUACUUGCCUUAUUUCCACAAAUUUAACAGAACCAAGGGUGAGUUUUCUCUGAUUGAGGUUUGCUGGAACGUAGCUAAUGCGGCUUUCUUAGCGACGCUAUUCAGUGAUUAUCUAGAAGCUGCUAAUACUCCUGGAUGGUACUGUGGCCCUACUUUCUACCCUAACGAUGUCCUACGCGAGUUUUCAAGAUCGCAGAUUGAUUACAUACUCGGUAGAAACCCAGGGAACAUGAGUUAUGUUGUUGGUUUUGGGGACCUUUACCCGAAACGUGUACAUCACAGAGGAGCUUCAAUACCGCAGAGUGUUAAGAAUGAAAGCUGCGAAGGAGGAUGGAAAUGGAGAGACAGCAAAGAGGAAAACCCAAACGAGAUCAUUGGAGCAAUGGUUGCUGGACCUGACAAGCAUGACGGUUUCCAUGACGUUCGUUCAAACUACAACUACACGGAGCCGACUCUGUCGGGGAAUGCCGGUCUGGUCGCUGCUCUGGUGGCACUAUCAGGAGGUAAGACUAUCGACAAAAACACAAUCUUCUCUGCGAUACCUCCCCUUAUUCCAGACACUCCGUCGCCUCCACCACCUUGGGAGCCGUAA